UGAAAGUGCACGUGCCUCAGUUAUCUAAAGCAAAGACCGAUGGAACACAUGGUAAAGACACAGUCUAGUGAUCUACCCUUCUUUAGCGCGUGUGAUAGCGUGUUCAUUUGUUCACUUUUUCAGGGGAAUUUAUUAAUUUUGGAAUUCGACUGAUCAUGAGAUAUUACUUCAUUCUUUUGCUUUCCUCAACAAUAUUCUGCUUCACUGAUGUGGACGUUGUUCAGGAAGAUGUAAAAAUAGUUCGAGCUGGAGAAGAUGUGAAUCUUACUUGCAACUUUUCAGAGCUUCUGGACUCAACAGUAUGGUUUAAACAGACAGCUGAAAGAAAAUCCUUACAAAUUGUAUAUUUAUAUCGUGAACAAGCCACCUGGAAUAAGGACUUUGAGAAAAUGAAUCGUUUUAAUGUUAUCAGAGGGGAUUAUCAUUUUAAUCUGACCAUUUUAAAAACAAAGCCUUCAGACUCAGGAACAUAUUACUGUGUAGUCGCAGCAUAUUGGAAAAUUGGAUUGGGUGCAGGAACUAGAUUACUUGUCAGAGAUGCAGCCAUAGCACAAACAACUCUUCAGCAGUCUUUGAUAGACACGCUUCAUCCAGGAGAUUCUGUGAAUUUGCAGUGCAGCAUCUUCACUGAGAGUUGUGCAGGAGAACACAGCGUCUACUGGUUCAGACAAAGCUCGGGAGACUCUCAAGGAGUCCUUUACACCAAAGGAGAAAGAAAUGGUCAGUGUAAUAAAAGCAGUGAGUCUCAAACGCAGAGCUGCGUCUACAAUCUCCUCAAGGGCAACAUCAGUGACUCUGACACUGGGAUUUACUACUGCGCUGUGGCCGCAUGUGGAGAGAUACUGUUUGGAAAAGGAACUCAACUAAAUUUUAGAGUGAGUGGUGAUGUGAAUCCAACUCUUGCUCUUGGAAUUUUAAAUAUCAUAUUUUUGGCUCUUGUUGUUUUUCUGGGAAUAAAACUAUGCAGGGGUCAAAAUAAAGUGUCCAUGCCUCAAGAGAAUCAAAAUGAAGACACCAUGAAUUAUACAGCCAUUAGUUUUGCUCAGAAACCUCUGAACACUAGAAGGACCAAAUCAAAGAUCAUUCAGGAGCAAUCUGUGUACGCUCAGGUCAGAUCACAGCAGUAACAUCCAGAGCUUUAGAGGAGCAUUUACCUUCUACACAAAUAUUUUCAUCAUGAUCUUAUAACAAUUUGAGGUAAAUAUAUUUAAUUUGGUUGAAUAAUUUUGGUCAUUUUUACUCUGUUUAAUGAGUUUAUUGGUUUUCUUAGGUUUUUUUUUUUUAUGUUUUGUUGUCUGUUUGAUUUUUGCCCUUCAACUGUGCAGCACUUUGGUUAGCCUUGUUGUUGUUAUUAAUGUGCUUUAAAAAUGAAAUAAAAUAACUUGAUUUUGAAUCUAUAAUGCCUUUAAGGAUCAUGUCCUUUAUUACAAGCAAGUGUUAUCUAAGUGUUAAAAUGAAUGGUCUGAAAGUGUAACCUCAAAUAACAGUAUAGCUAACAAUGUCAUCACAAUACGGACUGCAUGCUGAUAGCUGCCGGUGGCCAUAUUUUAAUGUAUUUAUAUUUUAAAGUGUUACUUUGGCUUUGUACUGUGUAUUGAUAGCUAUGAAUUUGUUAGGCAUGGUAAGGAUAAGGAUAAUUGUAAAAGAAAAGUAGUGAAGUAGAAAAGUCUAUUUUUGUAAAUUAAUGCAUGUAUGUUGUUAGACUCUGUGUUCUUUUUGAACAGCUUUGUAACUUUGUGUUAUGAAAUGUUAUAUUUUACAGUUUACUUCUGUGUAUGCUUCAUUAGCAUCUGCUAAAUUAAUUUAAUAGCCUGUUUAUGUGGAUAUGCAUUUGUUCAAAUGUGUUUUUUUUAUUUAUUUUUUUUUAUUUAUUUUUUUAUGUUGCAUUGUUUUAUUCUGUUAACUCAAAUGAUAGGUCCUAGUGCAUGUAAAAGGUAUACUUUCUCAGCAUAAAAUUACUUAGCAUUUAGUUAGUCUUUAACAAGAAUUGUUUUAAAGACAACUUGCUGAAUGCUGAAUUCAACACAUGGUCUCUACUGCCACCUAGUGGUUGUAGAUCAUUGGUAUGAGAUCUGGGCUCCCCUUUUUUAUGCCCUUUUUAGGCGAGAGUAGGCAGCUGCAGUGAGGGGAGGAGAGGAAAAAGUGCAGCCAAGACAGACAGUUCUCUCCUCUCAUAGUGGAUCAGACACCUACGAGAUCAAAGGCGGAUAUCUCAGGAUAUACACUCAUGUGCUGUGUAAUAAACUAGAUGUAAUUUAGGUUCUGUUGCUUUUAUAUGAAAAUAAAUGUGAUGAACAAGA